GGGUCUGAUUCUGUCAAAAUUUUAUCCCUACACCCUUGAUUUUAGGGUCUCUAUAUCAACCCGCCUACAUUGCAAUCAUACCCAUUACCCAUAUUCAUCUAAUCAUUCACUCUUCCCACAUUCAAGGCCAUCUUAUCCACUCAAAUUCUCGUCUCAUCAGGUGAUUGUGCAAAUAUAUAUAAAAUGGAAGUUACAGGGGGUUAAGCUAAGUUCUAUGGCCUUGGCUGAUUGGUCAAUCUUUUGGGUUAGGAGCAACUCAGAAAAUUUCGAACUUGGGGCUAUUCGGGGUGGAAGAAAGAACGGAAACUACUCUAGGAACAGAACAAUUGGCAUGGAAUUUGAAUCAGAUUGGACACGACACAAAAAGUCAUCCGCUUUUACAACUCGAGUGAUUAGUACCGCAACCUCCUGCAUGCAUUGGCCUCGUAAAAUUCCUAUAAGUGAAGGGUAUCAUGAAUUUUUGUAAUCAAGUGCUCCCCGUUUCAAUUUUUUCCGUAUUCUUUUCUUCUAAUUGGGAAGAAACAAUUGAUCAACUCUGAAGAAUUUAGUCUUUUUGCAUUUAGAUAUGCCUGAAUCUGUUUGUAGAGAGAUUGGUGUCAAAGACCCAAGUAUGUGCAUCUCCAAAUUGGUCAAGAAGACCGGUUCUUGUUUACAUUCUCAGGUUGAUGAUGAUUUCGACUGCCCGUUCCUGCCCGGGCUGCCCGAUGAUGUGGCAAAGUACUGUCUUGCCCUUGUUCCCCGCUCAUACUUCCCAACAAUGGGAGGUGUCUCAAGGAGAUGGAGGUCUUUUAUUAAGAGCAAGGAGCUUAUUAUUGUUCGGAAACUUGCUGGUUUGCUCGAGGAGUGGCUUUAUGUUUUGACUAUGGAUUCUGAAGGAGAUGGGACCCGUUGGGAGGUCUUGGAUUGUUUUGGACAUAAACGAUAUGUCCUCCCUCCGAUGCCUGGACCUGUAAAAGCGGGCUUUGGGGUUGUGGUGCUUAAUGGAAAGCUUAUGGUUAUGGCUGGUUAUUCAAUGCUUGAUGGCGUCGGGUCUGUCUCUUCUGAUAUCUACCAAUAUGAUUCUUGCCUUAACAGCUGGAGCAAGAUCGCAAACAUGAACAUGCCUCGGUAUGAUUUUGCUUGUGCGGAAGUCAAUGGCCUGGUUUAUGCCGUUGGAGGCUACGGGAUAGAUGGAGAGUCGUUGUCGUGUGCCGAGGUGUAUGACCCUGAAACCGACAAGUGGACGUUGAUCGAGUCACUUCGCCGGCCACGGUGGGGUUGUUUUGCAUGUGGGUUCGAGGGUAAGCUCUAUGUUAUGGGUGGACGGUCGAGUUUCACCAUUGGAAAUUCAAGGUUCGUUGACGUUUACAACCCCGAAAAACACACAUGGUGCGAGAUGAAAAACGGAUGUGUGAUGGUGACGGCUCAUGCGGUGGUGGGAAAGAAGCUGUUUUGUAUGGAAUGGAAGAACCAACGGAAACUGGCGAUAUUUAACCCGGAGGAUAACUCGUGGAAGAUGGCAUCGGUCCCAGUGAUCGGAAGUUCAAGUGUCGGAUUCCGGUUCGGAAUCAUGGAAGAUAAGUUGUUGCUUUUCUCACUGGAAGAAGAGCAGGAGGGAUUCAGCACAUUGCUGUAUGACCCAAAUGCAGCUCCUGGGUCUGAAUGGCAGACUUCAAAGAUUAAGCCCUCUGGUUUGUGUUUAUGUUGUGUUACAAUUAAGGCAUAGUGACUGAUCUUAAUUAAGGUACUUCUUUUGGAUUGUAUUUUAUAACUAUUGUAUUUGGAUUUUUGCUAAAAAAAAUUUGUUGUGGGCAUG